GUCGGUGCAUUUCCCAUAGCCACUGGAAAAUGCAGAAUUGUCAACCUGAACCUUCAAUUUUUCAUCCUUCAUCAUCGUCUUCAUCUCUGACCAAUCUUCAUUCCUUUCUUCUGUUCCUUUCUUCUUCUUCUCAUUGAAAAUGAUCCUAAAAAGAAUCAGAAAACUAUCGAAAACCAAAGUGUAAUUCUUUUUUUUUUUCUUGUUCUGCUGCGAACGCCAUCCCCAUUCCCCGAGAAGGGUUCAUGAUUUUCCAUGAUUAGUAGUCAUAUUUCUUCUCAUUUGUUCUGAGAAUCUUUGGAUAUGCUGAAGCUGUGGAGAUGGUACCAGAAUUGCUUGGCUGUUCACCCUGUUAAGACACAGGUCAUCAGUUCUGGCUUGAUUUGGGGUGCUGGUGACAUAGCUGCUCAGGCAGUUACCAACUACACAGCCAAGACCCGUUCUGCAACCGAGGAUGACAACAGAGAAUUCAGGAUCAACUGGAAACGGGUGUCUACGACCAGCUUGUUUGGGUUAGCAUUUGUUGGACCUGUUGGCCACUAUUGGUAUGAAGGUUUGGAUCGGUUUAUAAGAUUGAGACUGAUGCUUAAACCCAAUUCCUUCCGCUUCGUUGCUGCUAAAGUUGGGGCUGAUGGGUUUCUCUUUGGGCCAUUGGAUCUACUUGUGUUCUUUACUUACAUGGGUUUUUCUACUGGAAAGAGUGUUCCUCAAAUAAAAGAGGAUGUGAAGAGGGAUUUUCUCCCAGCCUUGAUCUUAGAAGGAGGUAUAUGGCCAGUUGUUCAGGUUGCGAAUUUUCGGUAUAUACCUGUAAGGUAUCAGCUCCUUUAUGUCAACUUCUUCUGCUUGUUGGAUAGCUGUUUCUUGUCUUGGGUUGAGCAGCAACAGGAUGCUCCAUGGAAAGCAUGGGUGAAAUCGAUUCUACCUUUGAAGUAACUGAGUUUCCAAGUUUGAUAAGUGCUUUCAAAUCUCUCUUAAUUGAUUCCCAGCCUUUCCAAUUAUGGUGGAAGUUCAUGUCAGAAAACAAGUGACUAGUUUAGAUUUGAUUGCAUAUAGACUCCAUCUAGACUUUCAGAAUAGAAAUUCUGAUAGUGAUGAGUUUUUCUUUUUUUUUUGAAGCUGGAUAGUGAUGAGAUUGCUUUCACAUGAUAUGAUUAAUGAUUUUCAUCUUAAAUACAA